CAUUUGGCUUAAGCCACUUGAAGUCUAACAGUUAGGGGACACAUUCAGAAAGGACAGUAUGGCGUACCUCUCCAUUCCUAUUCCUCUUAUUAAUAACAAUCCUAAGUCUUAACCUUAAUUAAUCCUCCCCUCUCCCCCUCUUAAAUAUUCCCUCUCCCCUUUCCUCCAUUACUCACUCUCUUCCACUCUCUCUUAUUCUCUCUUUCUCUUUCUUGCAAUGUCUUCCAGAAGAUCUCGCUCAAGACAAUCUUCUGCUUCCUCUCAGAUCACAGAUGCUCAAAUCACUGAUCUCGUUUCCAAGUUGCAACAACUCAUCCCUGAGCUUCGCGCUAGGCGUUCCGACAAGGUUUCGGCUUCUAAGGUGUUGCAGGAGACAUGCAACUACAUAAAAAACUUGCACAGAGAGGUUGAUGAUCUAAGUGACCGAUUGUCGGAGCUUUUGGCUAACACAGACUCCAACAGUGCUCAAGCAGCCAUUAUUAGGAGCUUACUUAUGUAAUAGUCUAGUCUAGUGUUUAUCUGUGUCGUGUGCAUGUCCAAGUCUCUCUCACUUUUUCAUCAGUCUCUUCUGGGUAGGGUUUGGUUUGUACUUUGUAGACCAACGCAAAGGACUACCAUGUGAAUUAGUUGUUAAUUAGUUUUAAUUAUGUGCCACUUUGUAGUAAUUAAUUGCCGUCAAGUCAGCUUCUAUGGCUGUAAAUAAAAUGGACUACAUCUUGAUGAGUUCUAAUUACUAGUAGUGUAGUACGAAAUGAAAUACAUAUGUACUAGUAUGUAACUUUUGUCUCGCAAAUUAAGGAUAGGUUUGAUGCUGUGAUAUGAAUGCAUUUUACAUGUAUAGUGUCAAAUCAUUUUUCAAAUUUGGAGGCUGCAAUUCUUGGGUUUAA